AUGACAUUGGAAAACAUCUCAGUUGCUACAGAAUUCCUCCUUCUGGGAUUCAGCAAUGAUCCAGAAAUGCAGCCCCUCCUCUUUGGACUGUUCCUGUUCAUGUACCUGGUCACCAUCCUGGGGAACCUGCUGAUUAUCCUGGCCAUCAGUUCUGACUCCCACCUCCACACACCCAUGUACUUCUUCCUCUGCAACCUGUCCUUUGUGGACAUCUGCUUCACCUCCACCACCACCCCAAAGAUGCUGGUGAACAUCAAGACCCAGAACAAAUCCAUCAGCUACACAGGCUGCCUCACACAGAUAUGCUUUGUCCUGACUUUUGUUGGACUGGAGAAUGAAAUUCUGAUGAUGAUGGCCUUUGAUCGCUUUGUGGCCAUCUGCCACCCACUCAGGUACAAUGUCAUCAUGCACCCCAAAAUCUGUGGGCUUCUGGUUCUGAUAUCCCUCCUUAUUAGUGUUUUGGAUGCCCUGCUCCACACGUUGAUGGUCCUGAGGCUGUCUUUCUGUACAGAACCAGAAAUUCCCCAAUUUUUCUGUGAACUUGCUCAUGUUCUCAAACUUGCCUGCUCUGAUAUUCUCAUCAAUAACAUCCUGGUGUAUAUAGUGACCAGCCUUGGGGGUGUUGUUCCCCUCUCAGGAAUCAUUUUCUCUUACACUCGAAUUGUCUUCUCCAUCUUGAAAAUCCAAUCAGGUGGUGGAAGGUAUAAGGCAUUUUCCAUCUGUGGGUCACACUUAUUAGUUGUUUCUUUGUUCUAUGGGACAGGUUUUGGGGUAUACCUUAGUUCUUCAGCUACUCACUCCUCUAGAAAGAGUGCAAUUAUAUCAGUAAUGUACACAGUGUUUACCCCAAUGAUGAACCCAUUCAUCUACAGUCUAAGGAACAAGGACAUGAUGGGGGCUUUGAGGAAACUCAUGUCCAGAAUAUCUUUCCAUUGA